AAAGGCGCCUUGUGACCGUGCGUGUUUGCCCGGCCGGAGCUUCCCGGGCUGGGGCCAUGUGGAACAGUAUCACUUUGUGCUCUCUUUGCAAGUUCUCCCCUAGCUCCACAUCUUUGCUGUUUUCAAGAACCCCGAUUUUGCAUCAUGUAUUACAAAGAAAGUAUAAGGACUUGUGUAAAGACAAAAAAACAGCGCAGAUACUACGAAAUCAGUUCUGUCAAGUUACAAAAAGGACAUGCAAUGUGCUUCCCCGUUGUUUAGUAAGUAAUAAAGCAAAAUACAGACGGUAUACAAAAACUUACCCUGUUUUAGAUGGACAUAUCCCAAUUGUGUAUCAACAUGUGUUUGAAGAAAAUUUAAGGAACAGUGAGGCUGUUAUUCAAAGAUAUUCGGAAUUGCUAGAGAGGGUCAGUAAAGGAGGAGGAGAAAAUGCCAUCAUGCGCCAUACCCAGAGAAACAAGAAGCUAUUUGUUCGUGAACGCUUAAAAAUGCUUCUUGAUGAUGAGUCUUUUCUUGAGCUGUCUCCUCUUGCAGGCCUUAGUAUGCCAUAUGGUGAUGUCCCUGCUGCUGGAUGCGUUACUGGAAUUGGAAAAAUCUGUGGGGUCUGGUGUGUCUUCAUGGCAAAUGAUGCAACUGUAAAAGGAGGAACUAUUUAUCCAAUUGGAGUGAAGAAACAAUUAAGAGCUCAGGAGAUAGCCAUGCAGAACAGACUUUUAUCUGUGUACCUAGUUGACAGCGGGGGAGCAUUCCUACCACUACAGUCAGAGCUGUUUCCUGACAAGUCAGAUGGUGGUAGAGUUUUCUACAAUGAAGCAAUAAUGUCUGCCAUGAAAAUCCCUCAGGUGGCAGUAGUGUGUGGAUCCUGUGUAGCUGGAGGUGCCUAUGUUCCAACCAUGGCAGAAGAAACUGUGAUUGUAGAUAAAAUUGGUACGCUGUUCCUUGCUGGCCCACCUCUGGUAAAAGCUGCUACAGGAGAAAAUGUCUCUCCUGAGGACCUAGGAGGAGCCAGACUUCACUCUAAAGUCAGCGGCUGUAGUGACCAUUUUGCAUCUUCAGAAAAGGAAGCCUAUGAAUGUGUGCGAAAUAUUAUCUCAACCUUAAAUUAUGAGCCCCUGCCAGAGGAGGUUGUAGAGUAUGAUGAUCCUCUGUAUAGUUCUGAUGAGCUCUUGGGGCUGGCACCACGAGGUUAUAACUAUACCCUUCCUGUAAAAUUAAUUCUGAGCCGUCUGAUAGAUGGAAGCAGAUUCCAGGAAUUCAAGGCUGAUUAUGGAACAACAUUAGUAACAGGAUUUGGCCAUGUGGAAGGGCACUUGGUGGGGAUAGUGGCUAGCAAUGGAGAGCUUUCUCACGAUGCUUCUCUCAAGGGUAGCCAUUUCAUACAGCUUUGUGGUCAGCGGAGCAUUCCCAUCCUCUUUUUCCAAAAUACGGCUCCACACGCAGCACAACCAACAAGCAUUGCACAGGCAGAAGCUCACGCGAACAGAUUAAAAGCCCAGGCCUCUAUGAUGGCUGCUGUUGCUUGUGCUGCUGUCCCCAAAAUAACCAUUGUAAUUGGUGGAUGUUAUGGGAGUGAAAGUUAUAUUAUGUGUGGGAGAUCCUUCAGUCCAAACUUCUUGUUCUUGUGGCCUAACGCAAGAGUUGCUCUUGUGGAUUCAAGACACUUCUUCACAAUCACAAAAGCUGAGGACAAUGAUUGUAAAGGAGAUGAAUCGGAACUAAACCAUCUAAAAGCAAAGCUGGAGGAAGAAAGCAGUGCAUUUUAUUCUUCUGCCAGACUCUGGGAUGAUGGUGUAAUUCUACCUCAAAAUACUAGAAAGGUGGUUUCACAGUGCCUAGAAAUUAUAAAACAGCAGAAGUACCAGUUCAUAUCUUCGUGUCAGUAUCCUGUCAUCAGAAUGUAAUUGCAGUCUGCCGUUUUCAAAUAAUUGGCCUUUAAGGAAUGCUAACAUGACAGCGCUAAUUUGAAAUGUAAAUGACUCUCUAGUUCUUCGAUAGCAUUAAUAAAGAAGUUAAGCCAUGUGCAGGCAAACAUGAAUCCUGCAUCUUAAGUUUAUUUGCAAUAAAUUUUCUAUUUUGAA